AUGUGUGAGCUGGACUUUUCUGUGCAUGCUGGCCUUGGUGACGACAAGGCAUUGAAGUUUUUCCAAUCCCCAAACCAACGAAUAAGAGAACCAUAUGAUGUUGGUCACCAUUACCCCUUCUGGGAGAAAAAUAACGAACAUGACGACAACAAAUCAAUAAUAAUUACAGAGAUUCUAAAAAUAUUUGAAAAUGGUACUAAAGUUGUGGUCUUCACGUGA